CAGAAAUUGUAAUUGGCUCAAUGGGAAGCUGGGUCAAGUGAACCCAGAAUAAUAUAAACAGUUCUACACAAUCGAAUUGAUCUGGGUACUGAAACAGUUUACAUCUGAAAAAAGUCGUUCAUUUCGUGAUCGUGGAACCCGAACGAAAGCGCCAUGGAUUUCGAGGAAUUCCGCGCAAGAGGCAAAGAAAUGGUGGAUUUUAUUACCGAUUACCUGAAAUCUGCCGAACAGCGUCCAGUCUACCCAGCGGUGCAGCCCGGGUACCUGCGACCGCUCAUCCCAGACAGCGCUCCUCAGGACUCCGACAGUUACGAGGAAAUAAUGAAGGAUGUUGAGAGAGUCAUCAUGCCGGGGAUCACCCACUGGCAAAGUCCUCAUUUUCAUGCCUAUUUUCCUGGGAUCAUCUCCUUUCCUGGUCUUCUUGGUGAUAUGCUGUCUGGAGCCAUUGGCUGCAUCGGCUUUUCCUGGGCCGCAAGCCCUGCGUGUACUGAAUUGGAGACGGUGAUGCUUGACUGGCUGGGCAAGAUGCUGAAUCUGCCUGAUGAGUUUCUAGCUGGGACUGGGAUUGAAGGCGGUGGAGUGAUACAGGGCUCAGCCAGUGAAAGUACACUGGUCGCACUCCUUGCAGCUAAAAGGAAGAUGGUUACACUAUUUCAGGCAAAUAAUUCUGAUGUGGAGGAAGGCAUGAUCAUGUCUAAGCUGGUGGCCUACACAUCAGAUCAGUCUCACUCUUCUGUUGAACGAGCAGGGUUGAUUGGUGGCAUCAAAAUGAGAAAACUUCCAACUGAUGAGAAAUUCAGCCUUCGUGGCCAGACACUGAGACAAGCUCUAGAAGAAGAUAAAGCUUUAGGUCUCAUCCCUUUCUUUCUUUGUGCAACACUUGGUACCACUCCCUCCUGUUCAUUUGACAAUAUUAUGGAGCUAGGACCAAUCUGUAAUUCUGAAAAUAUCUGGCUGCACAUCGAUGCAGCUUAUGCAGGAAGUGCUUUCAUCUGUCCAGAAUUCAGACCUCUUUUAAAUGGAGUGGAGUUUUCCAAUUCUUUCAACUUUAAUCCUCACAAAUGGCUUUUGGUGAAUUUUGAUUGCUCAGCUAUGUGGGUGAAGAAAAGAUCAGAAAUUAUUGGAGCUUUUAAAAUGGAUCCUCUUUACCUGAAACAUGAUCAUCAGGACUCUGGACUCAUCACUGAUUAUAGGCACUGGCAGAUUCCUCUAGGACGCAGAUUCCGUUCUCUGAAAAUGUGGUUUGUGUUCAGAUUGUAUGGAGUAAAAGGACUUCAAGAACAUAUUCGCAAGCACGUGAACCUUGCGCAAGAGUUUGAGAGGUUGGUACGUCAAGAUGAACGAUUUGAGAUUGUUGGAGAUGUGGUACUGGGACUGGUGUGCUUCAGAAUGAAGGGCACAAAUGAUUUAAAUGAAAAACUCUUAAAAGAGAUAAAUGAUGCAAGGAAGAUUCAUAUUGUGCCAUGUCAACUUCGAGACAAGUUUGUCCUCCGUUUUGCCAUAUGUGGACGUACAGUUGAAAGUAAACAUGUCCAGUAUGCAUGGCAAAUCAUAAGUCAGACUGCUACAGAUCUUCAAAUCGGCCCUCAAUAGUACAUAAAAUCUACAAUACAACACGUCUUAUAUUGUAAAGCAAUUGUGUUAAAUGAGCAAGCUUCACUUUUAUUUUUCAUCAUUGUGCUGAUCAGAAAUUACUGCAGGACAAUACUCCCCAUGAACUAAAUCUAAAACAUUUGAAUAAUUAUUCACUCUGUUAAGUUUAAAUUUUAUUUUAUUUGAUGGUAUGUUUAACAAAUAAUAAGUUUUAAAAGACUGAUAUUUAAAUUAUUGUUGCCUUCACACUCUGUACAGUAUGAAUUUGAGUCUAAUUGUUUAAUGGUGCAACCAAAUUUCAAAGUAAAUUUAUUAUCAAAGUACAAAUAUAUAUAUCACCAUAUACAACACUGAGAUUCAUUUUCUUGUAGGUAUUCACAGAAAAAAGAAACAACAGAAUCAAUGAAAGCCGACAUCCAACAAGAAGGACAAACAUCAAUGUGCAGAAGACAACAGACCGAGUAAAUUCUAAUAGAGAAAAAAUAAAAAUAUAAGACAUUAGGUAAUUUGGCCCAUUGAGCUGCUCAGCCAUUCUAUUAUGGCUUAUGAUUAUUCUCAACCCCAUUUUCCUGCCUUCUGCCUGUAACCUUUGACACCCUGACUAAUCAAGAACCUAGCAACCUCCACUUUAAAUACACUCGAUGACUUUGCCCCCACUGCAGUUUAUGGCAAUGAAUUUCACAGAUUCAGAGAUCCUCUGGCUAAAGGAAUUCCUCCUCUUCUCUGUUCUAAAUGGACAUCCCUAUAUUCUGAGGAUGUGUCCUCUGGUCCUAGACAUGCCUGCUAUAAGCAGCACCCUUUCACACAUCCACUCUAUCUAAGCCUUUCAAUAUCCAAUAGGUUUCAAUGAGAUUCCCCCCUCAUUCUUUUAAACUACAGUGAGUACACACCCAGAGCGAUCAAAUGCUCCUUACAUUAACCUUUUCAUUCCUGAAUCAUUCUCAUGAACUUCCCCUGGACAUUCUCCAAUGCCAGCACAUCUUUUCUAAGAUACGGGGCCGAAAACGGCUCACAGAACUCCAAGUGUGGUCUGACCAAUACCUUAUAAAGCCCUAGCAUUAUAUCCAUGCUCUUGUAUUCCAGUCAUCUUGAAAAGAACGUUAACAUUGCAUUUACCUUCCUUACCAGCCACUCAACCUUCAAAUUAAUCUGUAGGGAAUCCUACACAAGAACUCUCAAGUCCUUUUACAUCUCUUAUUUUUGAAUUUUCUCCCCAUUUAGAAAAUAGGCUACACCUUUAUUCCUUCUAUCAAAGUGCAUGACUGUACACUUCCCUACAUUAUAUUCCAUCUGCCACUUUUCCCAUUCUGUCUAAGUCCUUCUGCUGGCUCCCUGCCCCUCCACCUAUCUUCAAUUUCGCCAUCGAUUCCGUCAUCCAAAUCAUUAAUUAUAACGUGAAAAGAAGUGGUCCCAACACCAACUCCUGCAGAACACCAAUAGUUACCAGCAGCAAACCCGAAUAACCCCCUUUAUUCUGACUCUCUUCCUCCUGCCAGUAAGCCAAUCUUCUAUUCAUGCUAAUGUUUCCAUUAAUACCAAGGGUACUUGUUAAGCAGCAUCAUGUGUGGUACAUUAUCAAAGGCCUUCUGAAAAUCCAAUAUCCACUGACUCAGCUUUAUCUAUCCUGCCUCAGAGCUAUUUCCUCAAAGAAUUCCAACAGAUUGAUUUGGCAAGAUUUCCCCUUAAGGAAACCAUGCUGACUUUGGCCUAUUUUAUCAUUAGCCUCAAAGUAUCCCAAAACCUAAUCUUUAUUAUGGACUCUUAACAUCUUCCCAAUCACUGGUCAGGCUAACUGCCCUAUAAUUUCCUUUCUUCUGCCUCCCUCUCUUCUUAAAGAGUGAAAUGACACUUGUUAUUUUGAAACCUCUGGAAUUAUUCCAGAACCUAGUGAUUCUUGAAAGAUUAUUACUAAUGCAUAAUCAUUUCAGCUGUUUCAGAACCCUGGAGUGAAGUCCAUCUGAUUCAGGUGCCUUAUCUACCUUCUGGGCUCAGCUUCCCAAACACCUGCACCUUAGUAAUAGCAACCGCACUCAUUUCUGCCCCUAACUCUUGAAUUUCUGGCAUACUGCUCAAGUCUUCCAAAGUGAAAAUUUAUGCAAAAUACUUAUCAAGUUCACCCACCAUUUCUUUGUCUCCGAUUACUACCUCUCUAGUAUUACUUUCCCGUGGUUUGAUAUCCACUCUCGCCUCUCUUUUACUCUUUAUAUAUUUGGGAAAAUCUCUGGUACCCUCUUUCAUAUUAUUGGCUGGCUUACCUUCAUAUUUUAUCUUUUCUCUCAUUAUGGUGUUACAGUUGCCUUCUGUUGGGUUUUAAAAGCUUCCCAAUUCUUAACUCCCACUAAUUUGUGCUAUAUUAUAUGCCCUCUCUUUUGCUUUUAUGUUGUCCUUGACUUCGCUUAUCAGCCACAGUACCUCAUCCUUUUAGAACAGUUAUUCAUCUUUUGGGAUGUAUCUAUUCUGCACCUUCCAAAUUACCCCCAGAAAUUCCAGCCAUUGCUGUUGUAUCAUUAUCCUUGCUGGUGUUCCCUUCCAAUCAACCUUGGCCACCUCCUCUCCCAUGCCUAUGUAAUUCCCCUUACUGCACUGUAAUACUGAUACAUCUGACUUCAGCAUCUCCCCCUCAAACUACAAGGCGAUUUUUAUCAUAUUAUGAUCACUGCCUUCUAAGGGUUCCUUUACCUUAAGCUCCCUAACUAAAUCUGUUUCAUUGCACACACACACAAUCCAGAAUUGCUUUUCUGCUAGUGCGCUCAACCACAAACUGCUUUAAAACACCAUUUCACAGGCAUUCUGCAAAUUCCCUCUCAUGGGAUCCAGCAACACCCUGAUAUUCCCAAUCUACCUGAAAACUGAAAUCCCUCAUGACUAUUUUUUUAUGUGCCUUUUGUAUCUCCCAUUGUAUUUUAUAUCUUACCUCCUGGCUACUGUUCAAAGGCCUGUAUAUAACUCCCAUCCAUGUCUUUUUACACUAGAAAUUUCUUAACUCUACACACAAUGAUUCUACAUCUUCCAAUCCUAUGUUACCUCUUUCUAAGGAUUUGAUUUCAAUUUUACCAACAGAGCCAUCCCACCCGCUCCACCAACUUGCCUGUCCAUUCGAUGCAAUAUUAAGCUUAAUUUUUGGAUGUUAAGCUCCCAACUAUGAACUUCUUUCAGCCAUAACUCAGUGAUGCCCAAAACAUAUCUGUCAAUCUCUAAAUGCACUACAAGAUCAUCUACCUUAUUCCGUAUACUUUGUGCAUUUAAAUAUAACAUCUUCAGUCCUGUUUUCAUCAACUGUUUCAAUUUUGCCUCCAAGUUACUCUUCAACUCAUCCCACUGACAGCAAUUUUGCCCUAUAAUCUGCCCGUCCUUCUUCACAGGACAUUGCAAUUAGUUGUAUACCAAUUACCCGAUCCUCAGCCUUAUCACUCUGGUUCCCACCCCCUGCCAAGUUAGUUUAAACCCACUCCAACAGCUUUAGCAACCUGCCUGCAAGGACAUUCGUGUCCACUCUCCACCCCCCCCCCAACAAGAUUCAGGUGUAACCUGUCAUUUUUGGAUGGUAAUAAAUAAGCAAUAAAUGUCAAGAACAUGAGAUGAGAAAAGUCCUUGAAAGUAAACCCCUAGAUGGUGGGAACACUUCAGUUAUGGGAUGAGUGAAGUUAUUCCCUCUGGUUCAAGAGCCUAAAGGUUGAGGGGUAAUAACUGUUCCUGAACUUGGUGGUGUAGGUCUCGAGGCUCCUGUACCUCCUUCCUGAAUGCAGCAGUGAGAAGAGAGCAUGGCCUGGAUGGUGGGGAUCCUUGAUGAUGGUUACUGCUUUCUUGCAAUAGCAGUCUAAGUAGAUGUUCUCAGUGGCAGGGAGGGCUUUUCCUGUGAUGGACUGGGCUGUAUCCACUAAUUUUUUUUAGGAUUUUCUAUUGAAGGGCAUUGGUGUUUCCAUACCAGGAUGUGAUGCAAGCAGUCCAUAUACUCUACACUGUACAUCUAUAAAAGUAUGUUAAAGUUUUGUAACGGCACUUAUGUGCGGGAUCAGGACAGAUCCUCUGAAAUGAUAGCACUAAGUUAAAGUUUCUGACCCACUCCAACCUCUGAUCCUCUGAUGAUGACUGGCUGAUGGACUUCUGGUUUCCUCCUUCGGUAGUCAAUGAUCAGCUCUUUGGUGUUGCUGACGCUGAGUGAGAGGUUGUUACAGCACCACUCAGCCAGAUUUUCUUUCUCCCUCUUAUAUGCUGAUUCAUCACCACCUUUGAUUUGGCCAACAGUGAUGCUGACAGUGAACUUAUAUAUGGAUAACAAAGUGCUAUUGGUUGAAUACCUUCUUUGCAUUUUUAAACAUUUAAUAUAUUCAUUAAUUGCAAUUGACUUGUAUUGUAAACUGAACAGUAUCAUAUAUGCACAGUGCAGUACAUGUGGGACAAUGCUUUUGUUGCAAAAAAAAUAAAUAUUCUGCAAACUCUGAACUGAGCUUUGUACGUUAUUUGAAUGCAGAACCUCCAGUUUAGUAUCAUGAUCAGAUUCUGUGGUGGUGUUGUCUUCAGCAGAUCUACUGUACAGACUCAAAGGUAUUUUGAAAAGCAAUCCUGAUUAUUACCAGUCCAUUAUCAGUAGCUGUGUAAAGAGCUUCUUGGGCUGUAAGAUCUGAGACGCUUCCAUUAAUUUGUUUUUUUUUUUCAUUUUCAUUCUGUCUAAGUAGCCUCCAACCUAAUGGCAUGACUGUAUGUUAAAUACACAGUAUUUAGAGAUAUUGAGUCAGUAACAGAACCCCUUACUUGUUUUAAUUCAAAAUAUCUGGCAAUAAAGAACAGCCUAAUAUCAAUUUUCCUAACUACUUGCUAUAAUUGCACACCAAAAUAGACAUUUUCACAUAUUCUCACAUAAAACAUUUUCCAGAUUUUUCUCACUUAUUGUACUUACCCAUAUACCUUUGUUACCUCCUGAUGUUAUUUCAACAACUUGGUAAGAUGAUGGGAGUCCCUCAUUAAGGUUGUGGUUUCGAGGUACUUGGAGGUAUAUGACAAAAAUGCUAAAGUCAGCAGAGUUUCCUCAAAGAGAAAUCUUGCUUGACAAAUCUGUUGGAAUUCUUUGAGGAAGUAACAGGAAGGAUAGACAAAGGAGUCUGUGGAUGUUGUUCACCUGGAUUUUCAGGCCUUUGACAAGGUGCCACACAUGAGACAGCUAAACAAGAUAAGGGCCCUUAAUAUUACAGGAAAGAUACCAGAAUGGGUAUAGGAUUAACUGACUGACAGAAAGCAAAGACUGGGAAUAAAUGGGGCCUUUUCUAGUUGGGUGCUGGUGACUAGCGGUGUUCCACAAGGGGUCAGUGUUGGGACUGCUUUUCAUAUUAUGUGUCAAUAAUUUGGAAUCUAUGGGUUGGUAGUGAUACGAAGUGUUGAGGAAACAGGGAGUCUUCAGAAGGACUUGGACAGAUUAGGAGAAUGGGCAGAGAAGUGGCAAAAGGAGCACAGUGUAGGGAAGUGUAUAGUCAUGCACUUUGGUAGAAGAAAUAAAAGCAUUGGCUUUUCUAAAUGGGGAGUGAAUUCAGAAAUCAGAGGUGCAAAUGGACUUUGGAGUCCUAGUGUGGUAUUCCCUAAAGUUUAACUUAUAGAAUGAAUUGGUAUGAAGUAAAGCAAUUACAAUGUUAGCAUUCAUUUUGAGAAAAAGACUAGAAUAUAAAAGUAAGAAUGUAAUGCUGAGAAUUUAUACGGCCACAUUUGGAGUAUUGUGAGCAGUUGUGGGCCCCAAAUCUAAGAAAGGAUGUGAUGGCAUUGAAGAGAGUCCAGAAGAGGUUUACAUGAAUGAUCCUGGGAAUGAAAGGGUUAAUGUAUGAUGAGUGUUUAAUGGGUCUAGGUCUGCUACUUUAUCCAUGUUAUAUCUGCAAAAACCUCCAAUGAAUAGGUCAAACACAAUUUCCCCUCACACAAAAUCAUAUUAACAAUGCCUAUUUUUUGCUAAAUGCUCAAAGAUUUCUUUAAUAACAGGUGCUAAUAUUUGUUAAUUAAACUGGCUUGCAGUUGCUUAUAUACUUGCUGUUUCCCAAUUUAAAG